AGCGAGCAAGGUCAAGGUGUGCAUGCCUGAGCCGAUUGGUGUGACGCUCCAACGCACUCGGCACCACAGCGAUAGCAACACUAGAGGAGAGGAGAGGAGAGGAGAGGAGAGCCUCACACCAUCCACUCCGACGCUCUUGGCAGUGAAGACAGGAGGUGGCGCAUGGAUUCCGCCGCCACCCUCCUCGACUCGGGCGCCGGCACCAAGGAGAUGGCCCCUCGCCACCUCGGCCGCACCGCCCACAACAUGUCCUCCUCCUCGCUCCGCAAGAAGUCCGACGUCGCCCUCCUCCGCAAGGUCCCCUGUGCCGCUCUCCGACACCUCCUCGCCAACCUCCAGGAGGUCCUCCUCGCCACCAAGCUCGUCCUCCUCUUCCCCGCCGUCAUCCUCGCACUCGCCGCCCGCAUCUUCCACUUCGGACAGGAGUGGGUCUUUGUGCUUAGCUUAAUCGGCCUCAUUCCUCUUGCUGAGCGACUCAGCUUCCUGACCGAGCAGGUUGCAUUUUACACAGGACCUACUGUGGGUGGACUGUUGAAUGCAACAUUUGGAAAUGUUACGGAGGUCAUAAUUGCGCUCUUUGCGCUUCAUGAAGGCAAGGUAGUGGUGGUGAAAUGCUCCCUGCUCGGCUCCAUCUUGUCCAACAUGUUGCUUGUCCUUGGAACCUCCCUCUUCUUUGGUGGCUUGGCAAACCUUGGAACCGAGCAGCCAUACGACAGGAUGCAAGUAGAUGUCAGCACAGGACUUCUGAUUCUUGGUGUGCUAUGCCAUUCUCUUCCACUGAUGCUGAGGUAUGCUGUGAGCUCUGGGGAGCAUGCGGUGGUCUCUUGGGACGCAGGAUUGGAGCUGUCCCGAGCAUGCAGUGUUGUCAUGCUCCUGGCCUAUGUAGCCUACCUUUUCUUCCAGCUGAAGACCCAUCACCAACUCUUUGAGCCCCAAGAGGUUGAAGAUGAUGGUGAUGAUUUGAUCUCUCAAGAUGAGGUGGUGCUGGGAUUUUCUAGUGCAAUGAUUUGGCUGGGAGUCAUGACUCUGAUGACAGCAGUACUAUCAGAGUUUGUUGUGACCACAAUUGAGGCGGCUUCAAAAUCAUGGGAACUAUCUGUCAGCUUCAUUAGCAUCAUCUUGAUCCCAAUAGUUGGCAAUGCGGCAGAGCAUGCUGGUGCAGUCAUAUUUGCUUUAAAGAACAAAUUGGACAUCACCCUCGGAGUAUCUUUGGGGUCUGCUACGCAGAUUUCCAUGUUUGUGGUGCCAUUGAGUGUCCUAGUAGGUUGGAUCAUGGGAGUCCCUAUGGAUCUUGAUUUCAACUUGAUUGAGACUGGUUCUUUGUUGCUUGCAAUAUUAGUAACGACCUUCACCCUCCAGGACGGAUCGUCGCAUUAUCUGAAGGGACUGCUUCUUCUCUUUUGCUACGUUGUCAUGGCCGUAUGCUUUUUCGUUUUGAGACGGCGUGGAAAUGGCAAUAGUGACGGCGUCCAUCAGGGUGUAGCAAGCAACACAUGGAAGAUUUAGGCGGCCUGACAGGUUGGGUGCAUUCUCCAGUGAGUUUUUGAAUGAAUGGCAUGCCCUUCGUUUGCAAUUUUGCAUGCAGAACUGGAGAAGCUAACGCUGUGAAGCCUGACUAAAAUAUACCAGAUGUAUGAAAUUGUUUGGAUCAUUCUUUUUCUCACAGCAAAGCAUUUAGUAUAUAUAUUAACUGAAGUAUGAUACACCUACAGAUAUUGCAUGAGGUGAGUGUACAUUAUGUUUUUUUGUUUCC